UCCUCGCGCUGACGGGCCUCUGCGGCGUCUGUGAGCCCGAGACGGCGGAGCGGAGCAGGCCGGUGCCGGGGAGGGUCAGGACGGGAAGAGACGCGGAGGGAAGACGGGUAGCGCGCGACCUCCGGAGGGUUCAGGCCCGGGUCUGUAUGGAGAAACGGGGUGAAGGAUUUGAUGGUCUGAAGGUGGAUCCGUUUCAUUACCACAAAAGUCCAUCAACAUUUUGAUGUCUUUUAUUUUGUUUGUGUUGGUUUUAAAUGCAUCGAUAUCAGGCCUGUAGUGAGUUUUUAUUUGACCAUGCCUCUCGAUCUGGAUUGUGACGCAGCGGCAAAGAAAACGACUCCAGAGGUGGAACAGGAAACGUGUGACAUCACACAGGAAGAUAAAGUGAUGGAAACACCGCCGCGGAGAGUCGGACGACCCGCUCGGAAACGCAAAGCACCGGUAGUGGAUAGUUGUGGGCGUGUGACUGAGGGUGUGGCCUGUAUGAAACAGGCAGGGUGUAACGGCGAAACAGAGCGUCGGGUUUCGCAGAAAAACCUUGAACGGAAUGACUCCUCCCCUGACUCCACCCACCAGAAUGGCAUAGACACGCCUCCUGGACAAGAUCAGGACUCCGCCCCUUCUACCCAGCGGAAAAAACGAGGGCGACGGAAACUUGAGCACUUGGAGAGACAUAUAGAGGACGAUGGCAGCAGCAGUGACACCAGCAGAGGAGAGAGUGACGGGGGCAGACAGAGGGGCCGUCAGGGCUGGGACAUCAAUCUGAGAAGACGACCCGUACAAAGAGAGACCUUUCAGGCCGGAGACCCAUAUCACAUCAGUCGCAAAGAGAAAGAGGAGUGGCUCGCCCGCUGGAGGAAAGAGAAGGAGGAGAAGUCGGACCUGGGGCACACCUUGAGUGACACCAUGGAUGACCAAUCAGCAGCUGAUUCUCAAAAAGAUGAGGAGGAGCCAGCCAUUAACCUUCCAUCCACGGCCACACCCCAGCAGCAGCAGCACACUGACCCCGCCUCCCCGACGGUUGCCACGACGCCCGAAGCGCCUCCAGUCGCCUGUGGUAACAAAGUCAUGGCGAGAUCUUCAGAAAUGGACCUUGAAUAUGAGGACGGUCGUGGGUUUGGGAUCGGAGAACUGGUCUGGGGAAAGUUACGAGGCUUCUCCUGGUGGCCCGGGCGGAUCGUGUCGUGGUGGAUGACGGGUCGCAGUCGAGCCGCUGAAGCCACCCGCUGGGUCAUGUGGUUUGGAGAUGGCAAAUUCUCAGUGGUGUGUGUGGAAAAGCUGUUGCCCUUGAGUACGUUUUGCACGUCAUUUCAUCAGCCCACCUACAACAAACAGCCCAUGUACAGAAAAGCCAUUUAUGAAGUUUUACAGACGGCGAGUACGCGUGCAGGUAAGCCCUUUCCCGUCUGCGUGUCCACGGAUGACUCGGAGUCUGGGAAGAGUGUGGAACUGCAGACGAGGCAGAUGAUUGAAUGGGCCAGCGGCGGGUUUCUACCCACCGGUGCCAAAGGACUCGAGCCUCCACCAGCGGAGCGCAGUCCUUAUACUGAGGUUUAUCCAGAGAUGUGGGUGGAGCCUGAGGCUGCUGCAUACACGGCUCCGCCCCCUGCCAAGAAACCCAGGAAGAACAGCGUCGAGAACAAACAGCCUAAAAUUAAAGAGAUUAUAGAUGAGGGAACCCGGGAGAGACUGAUUUACGAGAUCAGACAGAAGUGUCGCAACAUUGAAGAUGUCUGCAUUUCCUGUGGAAGUCUGAACGUGUCAUUGGAGCAUCCUCUUUUUUUUGGAGCGAUGUGCCAGAGCUGCAAGAACUGCUUUCUGGAGUGUGCGUAUCAGUACGACGAUGAUGGGUAUCAGUCGUACUGCACCAUCUGCUGUGGAGGAAGAGAAGUGCUCAUGUGCGGGAACAACAACUGCUGCAGGUGUUUCUGUGUGGAGUGUGUAGAUCUGCUCGUCGGUGCCGGUUCUGCGCAGGCGGCUAUUCAAGAAGAUCCCUGGAACUGCUACAUGUGUAGCAGCAGGAACGUCUUGGGCCUGUUGAGACGCAGGGAUGAUUGGACUUCACGACUACAGCUGUUCUUCGCCAACAACCACGACCAGGACUUUGAGCCACCAAAGUUGUAUCCACCAGUAGCGGCAGAGAAGAGACAGCCAGUCAGAGUGCUCUCUUUAUUUGAUGGCAUUGCUACAGGGCUACUGGUGUUAAGGGAUCUGGGCAUUCAGGUGGAUCGGUACGUGGCAUCAGAGGUGUGCGAAGACUCCAUCACAGUCGGGAUGGUUCGACACCAGGGACGAAUCACGUAUGUGGGAGAUGUGAGGAAUGUCACCCGCAAACAUAUUCAGGAGUGGGGUCCUUUUGAUCUUGUGAUUGGUGGAAGUCCUUGUAAUGACCUCUCUAUUGUCAACCCUGCCAGGAAAGGCCUUUACGAGGGGACAGGACGGCUGUUUUUUGAGUUUUAUCGGCUGCUACAUGAAGCUCGGCCUAAGGAUGGAGAUGAUCGACCGUUCUUCUGGCUCUUUGAAAAUGUUGUUGCCAUGGGAGUCAGUGACAAAAGAGAUAUCUCACGCUUUUUGGAGUGUAAUCCAGUGAUGAUCGAUGCUAAAGAGGUGUCAGCAGCACACCGUGCUCGAUACUUCUGGGGAAACUUACCUGGAAUGAGCAGGCCUCUGUCUGCUAUGGUGAAUGAUAAGCUUGACCUGCAGGACUGUCUGGAACAUGGACGCACAGCUAAGUUUGGUAAAGUGCGAACCAUCACAACUCGCUCAAACUCUAUAAAACAGGGGAAAGACCAGCACUUCCCGGUCUACAUGAACAACAAAGAGGAUAUCCUGUGGUGUACAGAGAUGGAGAGAGUUUUUGGCUUCCCCGUCCAUUACACUGACGUGUCUAACAUGAGCCGUCUUGCCAGGCAAAGGCUUCUGGGAAGGUCGUGGAGCGUUCCCGUCAUACGGCACCUCUUUGCCCCGCUGAAGGAAUACUUUGCCUGCGUCUGAAACUCCGCCCACCAAGCAACGUGACGGCUUCCCUCUCCUUCCUUAUCUGCAUAUUCAAUAAGCUCCGCCCUCUCGUGUUCGUUUUGCUGGUGGCCUGUGAAUGGCUGGUGCUAUUUAACUCACUAGACAGCCGCAUUUCAGAUAUUUAUUUUAAAACGUAAUCGAGUCCAGAUCUUUAAUGGGGUUUUUUUUGUAUUUUAUUGUCUGUUGUUUUAGAUUUAGGUCAUGUUCCAGCUGUGACAACUCUCCCUCUCACACAAAACUGACAAGAGACAUUGUGCGAUUUCGAGUGUAUGUUUAUCAGAUGGAGUGUGCAAAGCGGUCGGUGAAAAUAUAGAGCACAAACUGCUGGGUAGGAACAGUCAGACGCUCUCUGAAUACUAAAUAGUGGAACCACAUAAGCCGUCUUGGACCCUAAAUCAAGUGUUACACAAUGUUCUAACCAGGUGCGACAGUUUUUAUACAUCAAGUCAUUUUUUAAAUUCUCACAAAAAUACGCAAUGCUGCUGCGAAGUCAAAAGCAUAGCCAAUCAGAUUGACGCAAUAGUACGUGAAAAAUAUUACACUUUGCAUAAAUACAACAGAGCCUGUUAUAGGACCUUUAUAAAUUUCAUGCUAGUUAUCCCCCAAUUUGUCUUUACUGUAGUGUGGGCAAAAGUUCAUCAUGUUUGUUGUAUUGCCUUAAAUUGGUGCUUAAAUUGGUAAAUUAACCUGAUAAGGAACACUGUGCCGUACACGGUACACCCCUUCCCUUGCACGUGAGGCUGCAUUACGUCAUUGUAACUUUGAAGCGUCAAAUCUUCAAAAUAUACGGUCAUGCGGCACAUCGUUGGAAAGCUUAGACUUUCGGGAUUCCAUUAAGCGCACACACAAAGCAUAAUAUGAUUUUUAGCAGUCAUAAAACUGUAAUCUAGUUGUAAGUUACCUGAACCGGGCGGUGCCGAUUUAGGAUAUUUACUUACCUUCAAAAUCUUCCCUUUAUCCGCUUCGGUGAAAUUGUCCAAAACAAAUUGUUCAUAAAUCCCCAAAAGUCCAAGGAAAAGGAAUAUCUAAGCCUUUUAAUCCAAAACGAUUUAUUAAUCUCACAAUCUUGACGUUUCUGACCGAAUUACGAUAUAAAUAGUGUAUACAAUUAGUUCACUAACGGAAUCUCACUUUUCAUUCACGAUUUAUAAUGAAUAUAUUCGGAUGUCACGUUUAUUGUGCAACGUUUGAGGAACAAAUACGCCCCCUUGUGGAAUUUCAUCCAUUCCAUAAGAGGCUACAUUUAAUAUAAAAUGUAUAUAGUUAUUUUUUAUUGUCAUACUGUAAAAUGUACAGAAUUAAGGACCGGUUCUACUUUAACAAUAACGUUACCUAUAUUGAUAACUAUAUUAGUGUCCACUCCACCCAACAAUAACGAAACGUUAUAUUGAUUCACUAUUCGCCUAUAAUGGCAUUGACUAAUAUUAUAGAUUUCCUUUUAUAAUGAGUUUCGCGUAUCUCUAAACAGUGAGUCUAGUUUGUGUAAUCUAUCAUCUAAUCUACUUGUGUAGUUCAUGUGGUAGAAUAAAAAUAUUACGUAGUCAAUUUUACGGCAACUGCAACAGGGAUGGAUACCCGAGUUAAAUUUGCGUUACAUUUUAGCAGCCUGAUAUAACUUUUAAAUAUCGUAUUUUAGUGUAUAGUUAUUCUCUUUCAUUUAGAACGACGUGUAAAACUAUAGUAAUCGUCUAUAGUGUAAACGGCCUUUUAAGGCCGAAGUAUAGUAAAUUUUUUACGUGUACACGAGGGUCCGCGUUCAGUGCACGUGACGGAAUUUUUAUCAUCAGAAAAAUGCGCGUGUACCGCUGGAUAAAAAAAAACGCGUACGCAUGCGUCAAACGUCUGUGUACACGUAUGAGUUAAGGCUGUGCGUUCAACCGUGCGCGUACUUUUGCGUACACGUAAAAAACAGACUAUACUGUUUUUUACUAUACAGCGAUGACAAUAUAAUGAAGCCUUAAAAAUAAUUGAAAAUAAUGAAAUUACAAAAAAGGAUUUUUGGGGACUUUGUGUUUCUUGUCACUUUUGUGUUUAAUUGUCAUGAAAAUAAUGCAGUUAAAAUGCUAAAUUAAUCGCAAUAGUCCUAAAGUACGAUCGUCUGUUUUGAGGGCUGACUUGAUGUAAAAAAAAACACUCAGAUGUUAUACCUGGUGUCGUACCUGGUUAGGAUGUAGUGUGUCUGGAACAUGUACGCAAACAUUGAUUUUCACAUACAAACACAUACAGACACAAACUUCCUGUGAGAGAGAAGCUGUGCUUGAAUCAACAAUACACUGUUUACAGUUAAUAUACUCUUUUACGGUACUACUACUGGUUACUACGGUAACUAUUCAUUCACUCAACUUAACUAUGGUGCUGUCUCUCUCGCUCUCUCUCUCUCUCAGCAAUAUCAACACAAUGCACAGCCAUAUACGAGGCCUUUAAUGCUGGGAUCUUAUAGGGCACAUAUAGUGAGAGAGCUAUGUUACACAACACACACACACACACACUUUGUUACACUCCCAAACACAUCUCACAAUGCGAACUUAAAGGUGAAGUGUGUAAUGUUUUUUUAUGUUUAAGCUACAAUCUGUAACUUUUGGCUCUCUGUCGCCAUCUCUGUUUGAAGCAUACAAUUGCAGUUAUUUCUUUAUUUGAGUGAGUUGAAGUGACAUCAGCUCAAAUUACGAGUCCAAUUAUUAGCGAAUAGUUGUGAGCAAAAAAGUUACAGAUUAAAGCUUUAAAAUCUGUAAAGCUGUAAGAAACGAAAUUGAUACGAUUGCUUGUAAGGUGUAAACACUGUGGCUCUGUGGUGCUAUCAAAACAUUGCUUUGUUUGUUCGCACAUCCCGACCAGUUUAAACCAGCUACACUGACCCAACCGAUUAUGUGAAUGUGGGAACUGCCUGUUUGGUCGAGCAAUGGUAGGCGGGGGGAGUGUUAAGGAAAAACCUCCUCGAAAACAUUCGCAAUUGUGUUCAAAGCAUCUAGUGGCAGAGACUUACACACGUCACCUUGAAACUUUCUUUUCUUCCUCUCUUGUCAUGUCUGCUGUCGUCUCUGAUGCAAUAUCUCCAGCAGAUAGACGCCAAAUCAAACCUUCCACAGAUAGAUACAGGUGGAAUUAUUUCCAGUGGAUCUUGCCGUUUUUACUGAAUGCUUUUCCAUAUACCACCACGUUUACUGUACAUUAUUGUGGGUGUUUGUGUGUGUGUUCAGUCAGGUAUCAGGGAUGUUGUGUAGUUUUUGACCCUGCAUGUGUUUCUACUGUUGGUGCAGUAAAUCAAUGGUGCCGCUGAAUUUCCAUGGUGCAGCUUCAUGGUGCUUUGUUUCCGUUUCCUGAUUGUGUACCGAGUUCGGUUGGGUUUAUCUCUCUCGCUGAACUGUGAAAAGGGCCGUCCGCACUGACUUUACAUUUAAUGUUGGUGACUUGAGGUAGCAACAAGGAAUAACAAAUUUUGGAAUUUGCUUUCUUUUCAUUAGAAUCGAAUUGGCCGUGCCACAUGAGACCUUAAAUUGGGACGGUAAACUCUGGCGCUCGACAGAGAGGUACACAUAUGAGUCCGUUUCACAUUGUUUUACUUCAUUUUUAAAGCUUAAAAGUAAAUUGUGGCUUUCUUUCAUGAUAGCCUAUAGUAAAUAAAAUUAAUUGUUGAGGAACGUGAUGCUUUGUGUUUGAUGUGUACGCAGCAUAAUGUGGCGAAAAAUGUGCAUGACACGAAGUUAAAUCUCGCCAGUAAUCUAGAGCGAGGAACAUGAUACUUCACAUUUGUUGUGUACGCAGCAUAUUGCGGCGUACACACCAAAUGCAAAUUCAACGAUUUGUGCAAGUAUUUUACAUACAAAGUCAAUGCAAAGACGCAAAUAGAUGUGAUAUCGCACGUGGCAAUGCGAAUGAAGCAAAUUGGGUGGUGCGAAUGCCGUGAAAACAUGUGCUAUUCGCCUCAAAUGUGUUUUAGCGGAAGUAAAAAAAAUAUUCAACUCAAGCGAAAAAUUAGCAUGACACGAAGUUAAAUCUCGCCAGUAAUCUAGAGCGAGGAAUGUGAUAAUUCACAUUUGUUGUGUACGCAGCAUAUUGCGGCGUACACACCAAAUGCGAAUUCAACGAUUUGUGCAAGUAUAUUACAUACAAAGUCAAUGCAAAGACGCAAAUAGAUGUGAUAUCGCACGUGGCGAUGCGAAUGAAGCAAAUUGGGUGGUGCGAAUGCCGUGAAAACGUGCUAUUCGCCUCAAAUGUGUUUUAGCGGAAGUAAAAAAAUAUUCAACUCAAGCGAAAAAUUAGCAUGACACGAAGUUAAAUCUCGCCAGUAAUCUAGAGCGAGGAAUGUGAUAAUUCACAUUUGUUGUGUACGCAGCAUAUUGCGGCGUACACACCAAAUGCGAAUUCAACGAUUUGUGCAAGUAUAUUACAUACAAAGUCAAUGCAAAGACGCAAAUAGAUGUGAUAUCGCACGUGGCGAUGCGAAUGAAGCAAAUUGGGUGGUUGCGAAUGCCGUGAAAACGUGCUAUUCGCCUCAAAUGUGUUUUAGCGGAAGUAAAAAAAUAUUCAACUCAAGCGAAAAAUUAGCAUGACACGAAGUUAAAUCCCGUGAGUAAUGUAGAGCAAGGAACAUGAUACUUCACGUUUGUUAUGCAGUGUACACAGCAAAUGCGAAUUCAACGAUUUGCGCAAGUAGAUUACAUACAAAGUCAAUGCGAACCGCAAACAGAUGCGAACUCGCGCGUAGCGAUGCGAAUGAAGCCAAUUGAGUGGUGUGAUUGCAGCGAAAACACAGUUGCUAUUUGCCUCAUAUGUGUCUUUGCGUAAGUUAAAAAUAUUCAACUCAAGCGAAAAAUUUGCAUGACACGAAGUUAAAUCCCCCGAGUAAUCUAAAGUGAGGAAUGUGAUACUUUACAUUUGUUGUAUACGCAGCAUAAUGCGACGUACAUACUAAAUAUGAAUUCAAUAAUUUGCGCAAGCAGUUUAAAUACAAAGUCAAUGCAGAGAUGCAAAUAGGUGCGAACUCUCGCAUGGCGAUGAAAAUGAAAUAAAUUGGGUGGUGUGAUUGCCACGAAAACACAUGCUAUUCGCCUCAAAUGUGUCUUUGCGCAAAAUAUUCAACUCAAGCGGAAAAAAAAUUGCAUGACACGAAGUUAAAUCCCGUGAGUAAUCUAGAGCGAGGAACAUGAAACUUCACAUUUGUUGUGUUCGCAGCAUUAUGCGGCAUACACACCAAAUGCGAAAGUCAACGAUUUGCACAAGUAGAUUACAUACAAAGUCAAUGCAGAGAUGCAAAUAGAUGCGAACUCCCGCGUGGCGAUGAGAAUGAAAUAAAUUGGGUGGUGUGAUUGCCACGAAAACACAUGCCAUUCGCCUCAAAUGUGUCUUUGCGCAAAAUAUUCAACUCAAGCGAAAAAAAAAUUGCAUGACACAAAGUUAAAUCGCGUGAGUAAUUUAGAGAGAGGAACAUGAUACUUCACAUUUGUUGUGUUCGCAGCACUAUGCGGCGUACACACCAAACGCGAAAGCCAACGAUUUGCGCAAGUAGAUUACAUACAAAGUCAAUGCAAAGACGCCAACACGCGCGUGCCGAUGCAAAUGAAAUAAAUUGGGUGGUGUGAUUGCCACGAAAACACAUGCUAUUCGCCUCAAAUGUGUCUUUGUAAGAUAAGAAAUAUUCAACUAAAGUGAGGUCAAGCAUUUGCAUUAGUCAAAGUAAAAUCCUGCAAAUAGAUGCGAACUUGCGCGUAGUGAUGAGAAUGAAACAAAUUGGGUGGUGCGAUUGCCACGAAAACGCAGUUGCUAUUCCCCACAUAUGUGUCUUUGCUUAAAGUUAAAAUUAUUCAACUCAAGCAAAAAAUUUGCAUGACACGAAUUUAAAUCCCGUGAGUAAUCUAGAGGGAGGAACAUGAUACUUCACAUUUGUUGUGUUCGCAGCAUAAUGCGGCAAGAACCAAAUGCGAAUUCAACAAUUUGCGCAAGUAGAUUACAUACAAAGUCAAUACAAAGACGCAAAUAGAUGCGAACUUGCACGUGGCGAUGAUAAUGAAACAAAUUGGGUAGUGCGAUUGUCGCGAAAACACAUACUAUUUGCCUCAAAUGUGUCUUUGCGCAAGUUAAAAAUAUUCAACUCAAGCAAAAAAAUUGCAUGACAUGAUUAUAAAAUCUCGCAAGUAAUAAAGAGCGAGGAACGUGAUAAUUCACAUUUCUUGUGCUCGCAGCAUAAUGCAGCAUACACACCAAACGCGAAUUCAACGAUUGGCGCAAGUAGAUUACGUAGAUUACAAAUCAAUGCAAAGACGCAAAUAGAUGCAAAUUCGAAUUGGGCAAAACAUGUGCUAUUAACCUCAAACGCGUCUUUAUGCAAGUUAAAAAAUUAAAUUAAAUUAAAUUAAAUUAAAUUAAAUUAAAUUAAAUUAAAUUAAAUUAAAUUAAAUUAAAUUAAAUUAAAUUAAAUUAAAUUAAAUUAAAUUGAAAAUCAAAAUAAAAUAAAAAUUUUCCAAUCUUUUACAUUUUUUUAUUUCAUUUUAAUUCUAAUAUUUCCUCAAAAAAAUGAAUUACAGUUUUGAAUCCUGUUUGCUAUCUCAUUUCAAAUUCAGUAUAAAUGGUGCACAACCCAGUAACAAUGCAAUGCUGCCAUUGGGAUGCCAUCAGUGUGGACGCCCUUUAGGAUCAGACCGUUUUCUGGACCACAUGCUAAUGCUACACACUGACUAGCAUUAUGAAUCCAUCAUUCUGUGGUUGUGGGUUUUGAUAGUCUAAUAUAUUCUGUGCUCCUCGCUCAGGAUUCUGGGAAAGUGGCCCAUCUGUGUGAUGUCGAACGCUGGUCACAUGGUGCUACCAGAAUUCCUCACCACUGCGGUGAGCGUGGCCUACAGUAUUUUGGUGUGACCAGAAAUUUCACAUUUGGCUUACACACAAACUGGUUUACUGUACAUUUCUACUAUCAGUGCUGUUUAAUAAUCUAAAGUAAACAGGACUCUGGUGCUGACAGAGAUGGUCAUUCUUCAAAAUCGAGGAUUUUUGUAUGAAUUCGCUUUUAUUUAAUUGGCCCUCGUUCGAGGGGAGAGUUUAUAAAGACCACAUAUACACCAGAUAAGGAAGCAAGUACGGUUUUUGCUUUAUCAUUGCUUCGAUAUAUCCAGCUCAUUAAAGUCGUACGGUUUUCUUUGCAGUUUCAACCUGGAUUCAAGAGCUUAAUGGUUAUAUUACAGUUGAUGAGAUGUUGAAAUAGCUUUUGGUCCACAGAUUGCAGUAAACCUCUGCAGUAAAACAUCCUGGCAUUCAGACAUUCUGGAGUUAAAUGGCUAAAGAUCAUUUAGGAUGUUCAAAAUUGAAAUGCAUUAUAUUACAAUAUAGACAUGUGUCAUAAACAGCGGUUCACUUCUGCAGACGAUCCCAGAUUGGUUUUAUAUCAGUGCACGAUAUUCACAUGAUUUGCACCAUAGGCUGUCAUUUGGAGUCAGGUGUAAAACCAAAUAAAAACAUUCUUCAUUGCUUAAAAACGUUUUGUUGAGAAACAAUUUAGUCGAUAACCGGUGUUUUAAAUGCAGGAUGUUUUCUUGUUUCGCAGAAUCUUUGUGGCGCUGUGCUGGGUCGAACUGCUCGUAGCCUUAGAGUCUGUUUGUGUUUGUUUGGUGAAGGUUAUGGUGAAUCCUGUAAUGCAACGUGAGGUUUGAUUGUUAAUAGUCAAGACUUCGGUGGUAGAUAAAUUGUACAUAGAUAAGUUUGCCUCUUUUUUAGCAUUUUAUUAAGUUUUUUUGUGCUGGUGUUUUCAAAUUCAUUUAAAGUAAUUCUGGCGUGAUUUUUGGCUAGUGUAUGAUUAAAUGCAUGGCUGUUAAUAAAAGGUUGGGGUCAAAGGCGGAGCUUUGAGCCAGUGAUGUCAUAGGGUGUGUCCGAUGAACUCAUCGACCAGAGAAUUCUAUUUAUGAACUGUCGAUGAUUGACAGGUGAUGAAUUGGAGAGCUAACCAAUAACCUGUUGUCAGCUUUAAAGGAGGCGGGGUUAUGCGUGAGGUUAUCUUUAAACGAGAGUCGUUGAAGUGAAGGCGUUUCAAAAAGGUGCUAUACAAUUUAUUCUUAAAUAAUAAAUAAGAAAAGAAUGAAGUGAAACUAUAUCGUAAGGAAUUUAGAUUCGACUGGUCUUGACGAUGACUGUUUUUAUGUUGUGUAGUCUUGAAAAAGCACUAUUAUUUUACUCUUUUAUGAAUAUAUUAACAAAUGCAUUUUAACUUUGUACUUGAUAAAAUGUAAAAGUAAAAAAAAGAAUAAAAAUGUACAGAAUCAUGUGUUUAGCCUAGACAUUACUGUAGUAUGUGCCUCUCCGUAAAAAUUCAUACUGUAUUCAUAUCCUCCCUUCGAGUCGUGUCGGAAUGAUCGUAUUUACGAGAUGAGCGCAUGUGAACGCCACCACAACGCCAUAAUUACUAUUCAGAAAAUGCUGGAUUUUUUUAAAGACCAAAUUUGCUGAAUUAUGGGUGUGUUUAUUAACGAAUCACUAUAAAUGUUGACAGUAUGGUUUCGUUUAUAACAAAAAUAAACGUUUGUCAUCAUUCUUUGUACUAGUACAAGAAUUGUUGUGUUAUCAAUAAAAAUGAUAUUAAAACAUGAAAUUGUCAACGCACCAAAUGUUAUUCUGACCAAAAUCACUCGAACGCGCAUUACAUCGUAACUACGACUUCCGGCCUUGCAACUUCCCAGGAGGUUGAAAUACUGUACACUGUUACGUAACUGCUUGAAAUUGAUGGCAAAACUACAUUACCCAGCAUUCCUUUCUACAAACUCCCUCCAUGUACUCUCGCUACAGUCAGACUGUAAUGUUUUUUUUAUAUAUAUGAUUGUUGUUGCAUCAAUAUUUAUUGCCUACAGCCUCGUCCAUUUUAGUGUCACUGGGGUCUCUAUUUCUCACUUGUACACACUUAAACACAAACUCAAUUUUCUUUAUCACACAUUUUCUCUCUCUCUCUCAUUCAGUGUGACUGUAGUUCUGUUGUAUUUUGAUGGUCUUUAGGGUGUAAAGUAGCAACUCCUUCCAUUACUCUCUCUGUACGCAGUGAAAGGGGGAGAAGCUGAAACAAUGGCUUCUUUCCUGUGCACUUGUGCUGGGGAACACUUGAAAUAAAUGUUCUGUUUUUGUGCUAAACAUAA